AUGCACCCGUUCUACACUAUACGUUACCCACCGUCAAAAGGCUCCAAUGAAAGCCAGCCAAUAUUAGUGACAGACACGGCGAUAGAGCCACUAUUCUUCUGUAUUGUGUACUCUAUCGAGUUUCAGUGCCCCGUGCAGACAACAGAAUCCCGCACGGCAAAUUCGCGCUCCAGUAGUUUCCCCUUCGGUGGCAGGGCCAGUGGCAGCGGAGGCAAAAGGGAAGCGAAUGAGUUGCAUGUGUGUCCCGUGGAAAACACAAGCAAACUUCUGGGGAAUGUAACGUAUGUGUCGUGCCUCGAUCACAACCCGACUCUUCUUGCCUCUUUGCAGACGGCAGUUGAUGCAGCUCGCGCCAUUCCUAUUCCGGAGGACGAGCAGAAAGUGCCGCUUCAGCUAUGUGUGCGGCUGCUGCAUAAACAAACUCGGUGGCUGUGGGAAGAGUCACGGCCUCUCGUCGAAUGGACGUUUAAGAUUGUCAAAACGCGGGGGCUCAGCUACGCAGCGGUUCCGGAAGCCUCCAGUGGCGCGAGUGCACGCAAUACAAAUGUCGAAUUUGUGCAUGCAAGUGGUCCUGCACAAAUUAGAGAAGUUCUCCAAUUCAUACUCAAGCAUAGCUACGAGGCCAUUGAUCUCAACACCUUUUCAGACUUUAAGUCAGGGGAGUUGGUAUUUGAAGUAUUUGUGGAUCAGGCACGAUGA